UUUAACAUCCGGUAUACGUCUUGUGACUUCCGCAUAGCUUGACAGAGGUGGACGUCAGCGCCGUGCUGGUUGUUCCAGACCGUUCAGCUCAGUUGCUGUUUCUGCAAGCCAGGGACCUAGCAUAUAGCUCGUCGUUGCUAGCAGCCGUUACGUUUCUUUCGAAGAAGACACCCCAAGUAGCAAACAAAAUCUUCGAAGAACCGUGUCCGCAAUAAAAUGAGGAUGCGGAUACAUUUUAGUUUUGCGCUUGUUUGUUUGUUAGCCCUAUAUAUCCGUUCAUUCUCGGCGUUCUAUCUUCCGGGUUUAGCCCCAGUGAGUUUUUGUGAUGAAGAAUCCAAAGCUGGUGAAGACUGCCAGACAGAUAUUCAGCUGUUUGUCAAUCGCCUAGACUCAGUGGAAUCAGUUCUGCCUUAUGAGUAUGACGUGUUUGACUUUUGCAAAGAUGUCGAAGAAUUAAGGCCUUCUGAGAACCUUGGACAGGUACUGUUUGGUGAACGAAUUGAGUCUUCACCAUACAAGUUUAAAUUUAAUAAAGGUUUUAAAUGCAAGCAGGUGUGCUCCACAAAAACCUACAAGCAAGGAAAUAAGGAUGAUAUAGCUAAACUGGACUUUAUUAAAAUGGGAAUGCAGCUGAACUAUCAGCACCACUGGAUCAUUGACAACAUGCCAGUUACUUGGUGCUAUGAUGUGGAAGAUGGUCAGAAGUACUGCAAUCCAGGUUUCCCCAUUGGCUGCCUUGUUGCAGGAGAUGGCAGGGCUAAGGAUGCAUGUGUGAUCAAUUCUGAGUUCAACAAGAAGAACACAUUUUAUGUCUUCAAUCAUGUGGACAUCAAGAUCAAGUACCACAGCGGCAAACAAGAGGGAUGGACAGGAGCUCGACUGGUUGCUGCAACUCUGGAGCCAAAGAGUAUCAAACAUACAGAUGAGAAAAACCUAAAUUGUGAUGGAGGCAACCCAAUGGAGGUCCCUGCAGAGUUUAAUGGUGAUGUGUCAAUUAUUUACACCUACGCUGUGACAUUUGAGGAAGACAAUACUAUCAAAUGGGCAUCUAGGUGGGACUACAUCCUGGUCUCUAUGCCUCACACCAACAUCCAGUGGUUUAGUAUCAUGAACUCCUUGGUCAUUGUGCUGUUCCUGUCUGGAAUGGUUGCCAUGAUCAUGCUGAGAACUCUGCACAAGGACAUUGCCAGAUACAACCAGGUGGACCAGGGAGACUUGAUAAAGGUUCCAUCGACCAAGGAAAAAUCUACUCUAUAUGAGGAUGCACAGGAGGAAUCUGGUUGGAAGCAGGUGCACGGGGAUGUUUUCCGUCCCCCUAGGAAAGGGAUGUUGCUGUCUGUUUUCCUUGGACAGGGAACGCAGAUCUUCAUCAUGACUUUCAUUACUCUCUUCCUCGCCUGUCUGGGUUUCCUGUCACCGGCCAACAGAGGGGCUCUCAUGACUUGUGCAGUGGUACUCUGGGUUCUCCUGGGUACACCUGCUGGUUAUGUGUCAGCACGUCUUUACAAAACUUUCGGAGGUGAAAAGUGGAAGACAAACGUAUUGCUAACUGCACUCUUGUGCCCAGGAAUUGUAUUUGCAGACUUCUUCUUGAUGAAUCUGAUCCUAUGGGGGGAGGGCUCCUCAGCUGCAAUCCCCUUUGGUACUCUGGUUGCCAUUUUGGCCCUGUGGUUUGGAAUCUCUGUACCCCUCACCUUUGUUGGUGCCUACUUUGGAUUCAAGAAACCAGCAAUUGAGCAACCAGUGCGAACAAACCAAAUCCCCCGUCAAAUACCUGAGCAGUCCUUCUUCACCAAACCCAUCCCUGGUAUAGUGAUGGGUGGCAUCCUCCCCUUUGGCUGCAUCUUCAUUCAGCUUUUCUUCAUUCUCAACAGCAUUUGGUCUCAUCAGAUGUACUACAUGUUUGGAUUCCUGUUCCUGGUUUUCAUCAUUCUGCUCAUCACCUGCUCUGAGGCAACAAUUCUGCUCUGCUACUUCCACCUUUGUGCUGAGGACUACCACUGGUGGUGGCGAUCCUUCCUGACCAGCGGCUUUACAGCAGUCUAUCUGUUUAUCUAUGCUGUACACUACUUCUUCUCAAAGCUGCAAAUCAUUGGAAUGGCCAGUACUAUACUCUACUUUGGAUACACGAUGAUUAUGGUCCUGAUCUUCUUCCUCUUCACAGGUACAAUUGGCUUCUUCGCCUGCUUCUGGUUUGUAAAUAAGAUCUACAGCGUGGUCAAAGUGGACUGACUGAAGAACUCUGUGAAAGGACUAACUCCUAGAUGCGACAGCACUGGCCUCCCCGAUGCUGGUUUUGUGACAAAGGCCUGAGGUCUGAUUCGACCUGAACUGAAAAACCAUCACUUAUCAUAGAAAACCCCCCUGAUGAGCAGAGCCCGUCCUCUUUUUGUGCUUUAAACCUCUGUUGCUAUUUUCUUUUUAAAAAUAUAUAUCAUUUCGCAUUUACUGUUGACUUGUAAUAAUUUGAAUGGCGCCUUGAAAAUCGGCCUCGGUUCCAAUGAUCUAGCUGUCAUAGUGAGCAAUGUGUGUGUGGGAAUGUUUUUACUUUAAUUUUCUAAGGAAGGUAAAAUGUUAUGUAUUUAUCUGUUCUAUUCCCUUACGGCUAAAAUUCUUUUUUUUUUCUUUACCUGUACUUUAAUGAUUAAAAAAAUGUGUGUACAUAUACUGUAUAGAGAGUGAGGGAGAGAAUGCAAGUUAAAGAUUGUCACCAUUAUGGAACCUUCUUUGGGAGUUAUAUUUUUCUUUUCUUUCUUUUCUCUGGUUUGUUUUAAAAGUAAAAAUAUCAGCCUGUAUUGUAGUUUAGAAAUUAUAUAAAACACUCACAGUGCUAUGAUACAUGUUCAUCUUCUUGGAGUUUGAGUUUGUAUAAAUCAGAGGGUACUCUUGGUUACGACGCACAUCUGUAUCAUAGAGCUAUGUGCUGCAGUGUGUUGCAUAUUAGGCUCCCGAUUUGUUUCUCAACAGUAGACAUGGUCACCUAGUUAAUCAUAAAGUAGUCCAUGACUUUACUGGUCAGGUGCAUUAUGCACUUUCGAGAUGUACCUCUUUAGAUUUUAAUAGGUGGUUUGCUGAACUGUUAACUACACAAAAACACUGCUGCUUUUUGCUUCAAGCAGUGUGGCACCAUCACCCAAGGUGAUAACAUUUUACAAAUAAACGCAGUGAAUUCCAAACCAAGGUCACGCUUUUGUCUUUUAACCUUUAGAACACAUAAAACAAUUCCUACCACAAA